GAUGCUUUGCGUAGUGACGUCUCCAGCCCGCGACAGCUGUGGCGGCAGUUUGUGGUGAUGGCUGACUGAAAGGUUUUCUGCAGUGUUUACAGGUAAACUGUCCUACAGGUGAGUCAAGAUGAUCCACGAGCUGCUGCUGGCGCUGAGCGGAUACCCGGGAACCAUCUUCACCUGGAACAAACGGACAGGGCUGCAGGUAACCCGGAAAAUGAAGAGUCAACACCGAGCUAACGGGGCUAAGACAAGAGGGCAGAUAUGAACUAAAACAAGACUUUACAUGUUUAAAUAAUAAAACUCUAGGAUUCUGUUAAAAACACAGAAUAAAGGGGUUGAUUUGGUUCCUGUGAGGGUGCUGGAAUUAUUUUAGUCAACAUAAGGGACUGAUUUCAGGUCAGCUGGUUAUAUUUUAAAGGUAAUAUAGUCAUAACAAAAACAAUAAAAUCAGAUUUCAUAUAAUCUCUUUAUCAGAGACUCUCUAAGCGAUUUACAUCGGAUACAUCAUUCACUCACUCACACCCCGGUGCUGGGAAACUCACUUUGUUCUAGGGCUGGGCGAUAAAACGAUAACAAUAUAUAUCAAAAAUUAAUUCCCCUCAAUAUCAAUACAGAACAUGAUCAAUAUGCUUUUCGAUAGUCGUCAUUCUGCCAUGUUUUGGUCGACUAUACGAACAGCCAAUGAAAAGGGGAGUUUCUCCGGGUCUGAACCAAUCAUGUUCUGAAUUAGAACCAAGUGUCAAACAACUGGAAAGUCGUAGCAGAGAGCAGCUCCACCCAACCAUAGCACUUAAACAGGUGAAGCCGACAGCACAGAACCCACCUGCCUUCUCUCCACCUGUGACUCUGUGUCUCAGUGCAGCUGUUAAAGGACUGGAGCGUCAGUUUAAGGACAGGAAAUAGACAGAAUAAACUGUUUUGUAAAAAAAUAAAAUCACAUUAUUCAUCUCUCAGGUCCCUCAGGAUAAAGUCUCUCUGGAUACGUUCUCUUAAGAUAAUGCCUCUCAGGAGAACGUCUCUUGGUGUAAGGUCUUCUUUCAGAGACACUCAGCAUCUCCUGACGCCCCUGUUUGUCCCUCAGGGUAACUUCUCUGAGGAUAAUGUCUUCUAUCAGACAGACACUCAGAGCAUCUCUAACCUUUGACCCCUCUGUCUGUCCCUCAGGUGUCCCAGGACCUGCCGUUCCUUCAUCCCAGUGAGACCAGUGUCCUCGGCCGGCUGUCCAAACUGGGAACAGACUACAUCCGCUUCACUGAGUUUAUUGAGCAGCACACAGGGCACGUCCAUCCUCAGGUGAGUUAGUUUACCUGCUGACCCGACAUGGAUGAAGAAGGGGAGAUGUUUGAUCCUGAGUUCACCUCUUCUUCAUGUUUAUAUCUGUGUGUGAUCUAUGUCCUGUAUGUCUGUGCAGUGUUGUUCUCUGAGGCUGUCCCUCUCUGUGUGACUGAGUCUCUGAAGUUCAUUUGCUGUUUUUGUUGUUGUUUUUGUGUAUUUACAUGUUGUUGUUUAUUUACAAAUUGUUGUUGUUUUUGAUGUCGUUGAUGUACAUGUUGUUUUUGUUGAUGUUGUUGUUUAUUUUCAUGUUUUUGUUGUUGUGUUUUUACAUGUUUUUGUUGUCAUUUACAUGUUUGUUAUUGUUGUUAUUAACAUGUAUUUAAUUUUUUCGUUGUUUAUUUACAUGUUUUUGUUUUUGUUUAUUUACAUGUUGUUUUUGUUGUUGAUGUUGUUCUUUAUUUACAUGUUUUGUUGUUUGUUUUUGUUGUGUAUUUACAUGUUUCUGUUGCUCAUUUACAUGUUGUUUUUUUACACACUGUUGUUUUUGUUGUUGUAUAUUUACAUGUUGUUUACUUACAUGUUGUUGUUUUUUUACACACUGUUGUUUUUGUUGUUGUAUAUUUACAUGUUGUUUACUUACAUGUUGUUGUUGUUUUUGUUUUUUAUUAACACCUUGUUGUUUUUGUUGUUGUGUAUUUACAUGUUGUUUACUUACAUGUUGUUUUUGUUUUUUAUGAACACCUUGUUGUUUUUGUUGUUGUAUAUUUACAUGUUGUUUACUUACAUGUUGUUGUUGUUGUUUUUUUACACACUGUUGUUUUUGUUGUUGUAUAUUUACAUGUUGUUUACUUACAUGUUGUUGUUGUUUUUGUUUUUUAUUAACACCUUGUUGUUUUUGUUGUUGUGUAUUUACAUGUUGUUUACUUACAUGUUGUUUUUUUGUUUUUUAUUAACACCUUGUUGUUUUUGUUGUUGUAUAUUUACAUGUUGUUGUUUUUUUACACACUGUUGUUUUUGUUGUUGUAUAUUUACAUGUUGUUUACUUACAUGUUGUUGUUGUUUUUGUUUUUUAUUAACACCUUGUUGUUUUUGUUGUUGUAUAUUCACAUGUUGUUUACUUACAUGUUGUUGUUUUUGUUUUUUAUUAACACCUUGUUGUUUUUGUUGUUGUAUAUUUACAUGUUGUUUACUUACAUGUUGUUGUUGUUUUUGUUUUUUAUUAACACCUUGUUGUUUUUGUUGUUGUGUAUUUACAUGUUGUUUACUUACAUGUUGUUGUUGUUUUUGUUUUUUAUUAACACCUUGUCGUUUUUGUUGUUUUCGUCGUAGGAGCAUCACUCUAACCAAGCGGGUCAGACGGGACUCCAUGGGAUCUACCUGAGAGCUUUUUGCACAGGUCUGGACUCGGUGCUGCAGCCCUACAGGCAGGCUCUGCUCGACCUGGAACAGGAGGUGAGGACACAAACACACACAAUACACAAAAAAAUACACACACAAACAACCGAACAAGGCGAUCAUGUGACAGGAUGCUCCUUCUCUCCGUGUGUGUGUUUGUGUUUCAGUUCCUGGGGGAUCCACACCUGACCAUCUCUCAUGUGAACUACAAACUGGACCAGGUAAACACACCUGAACACAGAUCAUUGGGAGGGAGGAUUUAAACUCUGAAUGGGUUAAAUUCAACUGUGUGUGUGUGUGUGUGUGUGUGUGUGUGUGUGUGUCUCCAGUUCCAGCUGCUGUUUCCCUCUGUUAUGGUCGUGGUGGAGACGAUUAAAUCUCAAAAGGUUCCUCCUCUCACAAACAUCUACAGUUACCUUCAUUUUUGACAACACUUAGAAGAACCUCAGGACCUCAUAUGUCGAUCAUGAUGAUCGUCAUGAUCCUUGAUCUUGUUGUUGUUGUUGUUGUUGUAGAUCCAUGGCUGUCAGAUCCUGGAGACGGUCUACAAACACAGUUGUGGCGGUCUUCCUCCCGUCCGUUUGGCGUUGGAAAAGUGAGUCAGAUCCUCUCAGCAGGACUCAGGGCGGCGUUAUCAGCAUUACUUCUGUGAUCAUGAUGAUAAUGAUGAAAAUGAUAAUGAUGAUGAUAAUAAUGAGGAUAAUGAUAAUGAUGUAAAUGAUAAAAAUGAUUAAAUUAAUGAUAAUGGUGGUAAUUAUAAUGAUGAUGAUGAAAAUGAUGACAAUGAUGAUAAUGAUAGAAAUGAUGAUUAUAAUAAUGAUAAUGGUGGUUAAGAUGGUAAUGAUGAUAAUGAUAAUAAUGAUGAAAAAUAAUAAUGAUGACUAUGAUGAUAAUAAUUAUGAUGAUGAUAAUGAUAAUAAUGAUAAUGAUAAAAAUGAUAAUGAUGUAAAUGAUAAAAAUGAUUAAAUUAAUGAUAAUGGUGGUAAUUAUAAUGAUGAUGAUGAAAAUGAUAAUUAUAAUUAUGAUAAUGGUGGUUAAGAUGGUAAUGAUGAUAAUGAUAAUGAUGAUGAAAAAUAAUAAUGAUGAUAAUAAUUAUGAUGAUGAUGAUAAAAAUGAUAAUGAUUAUAAUGAUGAUGAUAAUAAUGAUAAUGAUGUAAAUGAUAAAAAUUAUUAAAUUAAUGAUAAUGGUGGUAAUUAUAAUGAUGAUGAUGAAAAUGAUGACAAUGAUGAUAAUGAUAGAAAUGAUGAUUAUAAUAAUGAUAAUGGUGGUUAAGAUGGUAAUGAUGAUAAUGAUAAUAAUGAUGAAAAAUAAUAAUGAUGACUAUGAUGAUAAUAAUUAUGAUGAUGAUAAUGAUAAAGAUGAUUAUGAUGAUAAUGACAACACUGCUCUCCUCUCUCCUCCUGGAUCCCGAUCCUGUGAGGUCCGGAUCAGUCCAGUCCUCCUGCCGUCAGUCAUAACCUCUGUGUCUGUUCCGUUCAGGAUCCUGGCGGUGUGUCACGGCGUGAUGUACAAGCAGCUGGCGGCGUGGAUGCUCCACGGUCUGCUGCUGGAUCAGAGCGAGGAGUUCUUCAUAAAGCAGGGUCCGAGUGCAGGAGGAGCUGCCACAAACCAGGAGGAGGAGGAGGAGGACCUGGGUCUGGGGGGACUGAGCGGGAAACAGCUGAGAGAGCUGCAGGACCUGGUGAGGACCACACACACACACACACACAGAUCCACAGACCAGGACCGUGGUCUGACCCUGAUCUCCUGUCUCUGUCUCUCUGUGUCUCAGAGGCUGAUGGAGGAGGAGAACAUGCUCGCUCCGUCUCUGCAGCAGUUCUCGCUGCGCUCUGAGAUGUUACCCUCCUACAUCCCCGUCAGAGUGGCCGAGAAGAUCCUGUUCGUGGGAGAGUCCGUCCAGAUGUUUGAGAACCACAACCACAGCCCGUCCAGAGCCGGUACUCAGCCCUGGGUCGAACCUCUGACCCCUGACGUCUUUACCUGACAACCAUGAACAUGUGGUGUUGAUGGUCUGUGUGUGUGUGUGUGUGUGUGUGUGUGUGUGUGUGUGUGUGUGUGUGUGUGUGUGUGUGUGUGUGUGUCGCAGCUUCGAUCCUGAAGCACCAGGAGGACACGUUUGCCUCAGAGCUGCACAGACUGAAGCAGCAGCCGCAGUUCAGCCUGGUGGACUUUGAGAACCUGAUCGACCGGAUCAGGAGCACCGUGGCCGAGGUGAGCUCACACACCUGCUUUACCUGUACGUCACAUUUUAAGGCUCGUAGAUAUCUAUAAGAAAGGCUAGAUGACUCUAUGAGGCGGGGUCACUGGCGUCCAUCUUACUCCAGUAUACCAUUCUUGUACGCUCUCUGGUCGCCGACGGGAGGUGAGUAAUCUACAUGAUCAAAGAUCCUCUUAACUCGCUGAAAUCUUGACAGAUUUAUAAACGGUUUAGUUUGUUACAGACCUUAAUAACGAGGCUGUGAGUCGGGAUGCUUGGACAAAUUAAAACGGCAGAUUUACUUUGAGAAAAAAAAAAGACUUAAUCAUAAAGAACAGUUGUUUCAUGGCUAUAAGGGUUAAGGGUGUGUAGGCCUAUAUCUAUUGCUCUAUCUAUCUGUUUAAUGUUUAUUUAUAAAAAUCCAUGGUUAAAAUUAUUCUUGAGUAUGCAGGAACAUAACUAAAACUCUGAGGUUUGUUACAAAACAAACUGUUUGAAAAUCCGUUUAAAAUUAAUCAAUCUAUGGUUAUUUAAAUGUUACAUGAACCGUAGGCUGGAAUGUAAGGAGAGGGCGAGCUGCCCUUAGCAAAAUGGCCACCAUGCGUGGACAUUGGUCUCUAUUGGCUAACAGCGUGUGUAGGACAUCUAGUGUUUAUAUAUAUCUAUGUUAAGGGUAAGUUAACAGACUAACCUCUGUCUGUGUGUGUCCGUGUCCUGCAGCACCUGUGGACUCUCAUGGUGGAGGAGUCCGACCUGCUGGAGCAGCUGAAGGUGAGUCUGAUCACAUGACUGAUUGACGGGUCGGUCACGUGAAGGAAAUAAUCUCAGGUUAUGACCUCACCUGACCACUGUAAUCUCAUUGGACAGAUCAUCAAAGACUUCUACCUGCUGGGCAGAGGAGAGCUCUACCAGGUGUUCAUCGACCUGGCCCAGCACAUGCUGAAGACUCCGCCCACAGCUGUCACUGAACACGGUAUUGAGUCACACCUGAGUGUCUUUAUCUGUGACGUGCUCACCUGUGCGCUCUAACCUCUAAGUAUUUCCUGUCAGAUGUGAACGUGGCGUUCCAGCAGGCGGCCCAUAAGGUUCUCCUGGACGACGAUAACCUGCUGCCUCUGCUGCACCUGACCGUGGACUAUCAGGGCAAAGACGCCAAAGGUAGACUCACCCGAGCUCACCUGAGAACAUCUGUAGACUGUGAUGACCUCAGCUCACAGGUGUGUUUCUGUUUCAGAGUCUGUGGGUCCUAGAGACGGAGCCACGCCCCCCCAGGACACCUCCCCUCGUGAGGCUCCUCCCACUGGGUGGGCAGCUCUGGGUCUCACCUAUAAGGUCCAGUGGCCUCUGCACAUCCUGUUCACCCCGGCGGUGCUGGAGAAGUAAAUACCCUCCAACUACACCUGUCUGUGACACACCUGUGCUGACUGUGUUAGAAUGUACCUUACACUCCUCCACCUCCUCCUCCUCCUCCUCCUCCUCAGGUAUAAUGUGGUCUUCAGGUACCUGCUGAGUGUGCGAAGGGUCCAGUCUCAGCUGCAGACCUGUUGGGCUCUCCAGAUGCAGAGGAAACACCUCAAGUCCAGCCAGACCGACGCCAUCAAGUGGAGGCUCCGCAACCACAUGGCCUUCCUCAUCGACAACCUGCAGUACUACCUACAGGUGAGACACACACCUGAGACAUUAGCUACAGGUGAGACACACACCUGAGACAGUACCUGCAGGUGAGACACACACCUGAGACACUACCUACAGGUGAGACACACACCUGAGACACUACCUGCAGGUGAGACACACACCUGAGACACUAGCUACAGGUGAGACACACACCUGAGACACUACCUACAGGUGAGACACACACCUGAGACACUACCUGCAGGUGAGACACACACCUGAGACAUUAGCUACAGGUGAGACACACACCUGAGACAUUAGCUACAGGUGAGACACACACCUGAGACACUACCUACAGGUGAGACACACACCUGAGACAUUAGCUACCUACAGGUGAGACACACACCUGAGACAUUAGCUACAGGUGAGACACACACCUGAGACACUACCUGCAGGUGAGACACACACCUGAGACACUACCUACAGGUGAGACACACACCUGAGACACUACCUGCAGGUGAGACACACACCUGAGACACUACCUACAGGUGAGACACACACCUGAGACAUUAGCUACAGGUGAGACACACACCUGAGACACUACCUACAGGUGAGACACACACCUGAGACACUACCUACAGGUGAGACACACACCUGAGACAUUAGCUACAGGUGAGACACACACCUGAGACACUACCUACAGGUGAGACACACACCUGAGACAUUAGCUACAGGUGAGACACACACCUGAGACACUACCUACAGGUGAGACACACACCUGAGACACUACCUACAGGUGAGACACACACCUGAGACAUUAGCUACAGGUGAGACACACACCUGAGACAUUAGCUACAGGUGAGACACACACCUGAGACACUACCUACAGGUGAGACACACACCUGAGACACUACCUGCAGGUGAGACACACACCUGAGACACUACCUACAGGUGAGACACACACCUGAGACACUACCUACAGGUGAGACACACACCUGAGACACUACCUACAGGUGAGACACUACCUACAGGUGAGACACACACCUGAGACACUACCUACAGGUGAGACACAGACCUGAGACACUACCUACAGGUGAGACACACACCUGAGACAUUACCUGCAGGUGAGACACACACCUGAGACAUUAGCUACAGGUGAGACACACACCUGAGACACUACCUGCAGGUGAGACACACACCUGAGACACUACCUACAGGUGAGACACACACCUGAGACAUUAGCUACAGGUGAGACACACACCUGAGACAUUAGCUACAGGUGAGACACACACCUGAGACACUACCUACAGGUGAGACAGACACCUGAGACACUACCUGCAGGUGAGACACACACCUGAGACACUACCUACAGGUGAGACACACACCUGAGACAUUAGCUACAGGUGAGACACACACCUGAGACACUACCUGCAGGUGAGACACACACCUGAGACACUACCUGCAGGUGAGACACACACCUGAGACACUACCUACAGGUGAGACACACACCUGAGACACUACCUACAGGUGAGACAGACACCUGAGACACUACCUGCAGGUGAGACACACACCUGAGACACUACCUACAGGUGAGACACACACCUGAGACACUACCUACAGGUGAGACACACACCUGAGACACUACCUGCAGGUGAGACACACACCUGAGACAUUAGCUACAGGUGAGACACACACCUGAGACACUACCUGCAGGUGAGACACACACCUGAGACACUACCUACAGGUGAGACACACACCUGAGACACUACCUACAGGUGAGACACACACCUGGGACAUUAGCUACAGGUGAGACACACACCUGAGACACUACCUGCAGGUGAGACACACACCUGAGACACUACCUGCAGGUGAGACACACACCUGAGACACUACCUGCAGGUGAGACACACACCUGAGACACUACCUGCAGGUGAGACACACACCUGACCUUCAGCCGUGGCCAAAAGUUUUGAGGAUGACACAAAUCUGAAUUUUCUGCUGCUUCAGUGUUUUUUUUCGAUCUCGUUCUCAGACGUUUCUGUUUUAAAGUUUAAUUAUAAACAUUUCUUAAGUGUCAAUUUGUAAGUUUUUAUUUAUCCGCCAAGUCUUGAGGAUUGACCGUUAAAUGUCUCUGGGAUUAAAAUCUGGGGAGGUUCCUGACCAUAGACCCCCGAUCCUCUUAGUUCUCCCUUUCUCCUCCAUCGUUUUUCGUCACCAAACUGACCUUCGAUGGUUGGAGAAGUCGCUCUCUGAGGAUGUUUUGGUUCUUUAUUCAUGACUGUUUUUGUGAAUCCACUCCCCUGACUGAGAAGAAACCCCACACAUGAAUAAUCUCAGGAUGCUUUACUGCUGUCCUGACGCAGGGCUGAUGGUGGCGCUCACCUUUUCUUCUCCGAACAAACGAAAAAGGAUUCAUCAGAGAAAAAGAGUUUCCCUCAGUCCUCAGCUGUCCAGUCCCUGAACUUUCACAGAUUAUCCGUCUGUCUCUGAUGGUUUUUUAUGGCGUCUUUUCUGUCCUUCUUGACACCAGGUCUUCCUCCAAAAGUCUUCUCCUCACUGUACGUACAGAUUCACUCACAGCUGAGCUCUGCACUGGUGGUUCCCCGAUCCUGCAGCUGAAUCCUGGAACUUGAUGGCCUUUCUCAGGCGUCCUGAAGUCUUCCUCACAAUAAUUGAACCUCCCUUCUUGAAGUUCUUGAUAAUCUGAUUAAUGAUUGUUUGAGGUGCAAUCUUACAAACAGCUGUAUCCUUCCCUAUGAAGCCAAAGCGAUAAUGACUGCAGGUGUUUCCUGGUUACCAGAGGAAGAACAAUGAUUUGGAGCUCCACCCUCAUUUUAGAUCAUCCACUCUGUUAUCGUUACUCCGUCAGAUCGAUCUCCAGCCUCGUCCUCAUCAAGACUCUCACCGGUGUUAACGAGAGAAUCACUAAACUGAUGUCAGCUGAUCCUUCAAUGACAGGACUGAAAUGUUUUUGGGGAUUAAGUUCAUUUUCAUGACGAAGAGGGACUUUAAUCUGAUCACUCCUCAGAAAACACUGAAGCAGCAGAGUUUGGGAAAAUUAAGAUUUAUGUCAUUCUCAAAAUAUUUGAGAAUAUUUACACCUGUCCUCUGUGUGUGUGUGUGUGUGUGUGCGUGUGUGUGUGUGCGUUCAGGUGGACGUGUUGGAGUCUCAGUUCUCUCAGCUCCUGCAGCAGAUCAACUCCACCAGAGACUUUGAGAGCAUCAGACUGGCUCAUGAUCACUUCCUCAGUAACCUGCUGGCUCAGUCCUUCAUCCUGCUCAAACCGGUUCGUGUUCGCCGUCAUCAUCAUCAUCCUCAUCAUCAUCGUCCUCGUCUCUCUCUGACCCUGAUCAAACACAGGUCUCAGUCUCAGGUGUGUCUCGGUCUGUCCUCAGGUGUUCCACUGUCUGAAUGAGAUCCUGGAUCUGUGUCUGUCCUUCUGCUCCCUGGUCAGUCAGAGCGUCUCCUCUCUGGACGAGAGGGGCGGGGCUCAGCUCGACAUCCUGGUCAAGGUGAGGAGACGCCCUUACCUGCAGGUCUUUUUUUACUCCAUCAAACCUCCUCAUGAAUGCUUAUUUUUGUCUCUCAGGGUUUCAGGCGUCAGUCGUCUCUGCUCUUUAAAAUCCUCUCGAGUGUCAGGAACCACCAGAUUAACUCGGACUUGGCUCAGCUGCUCCUCAGACUGGACUACAACAAGUACUACACUCAGGCAGGAGGAACGCUGGGCAGGUACGACCACACCUGUAGAACCCCAGAUUAGGAUUUAACAUGACAGAGUUCAAUCAGGACACACUGAUCUAACCUGCUGCUGAUGGUUUUUGAUUUUCAGUGUGUAAGAAGAACUCCAAGAGUGUGUGUGUGUGUGUGUGUGUGUGUGUGUGUGUGUGUGUGUGUGUGCGUGUGUACACCUGAACUCGUCGGACAACACGUGCUCUCACCUGAUCAGCCAAUCAUAGCAAAGUGGAGGCGGGACCAAUCAUUCUAGCUGUCACUCAUCUUUGUCUUCUGUAUCAGUCCUGAUCACAAAGACUUGAGUUACCAUGGUAACAUCACACCUGUAUAUUUCCUCGUUAUUACCCUCUGAUCCCAGCUGUGAGCGUUGAAGCUGACUUACCUGAGCUCACCUGCAGAGGGCGCCGGUGUUCCUGUGUAUAAACUGUAAAUAGACAUCAGUGUGUUUGUGUGUUUGUGUGUGUAAUAAUAAAGAGUGAGUCUGUGCUAAAAUGAA